AUGUUUUCGUUUUUUAGAAUAAUUAAAAGUAACAUAAUUAUCAUUGAACAAUCGCACGUCCAAAUCAAAUAUGACGUCACAAAAUGAAAGUGAUGAGAAGGCGAUAAUGCCCGAUGUUGCUGUUACAAUGCUGAACGACGGCGAAAAAGACGACGAUGUUCUGAAAGAGUCGAAAAAAUGUACGAAACUUCGAAAAAACUGGGGUUGGAUCGUUGUGGCAGCGUCGUGGAUUAUUAUGAUACCGGUAGCCGGAACACUAAGCAGUUUCGGAACGAUUGUCAGCUCACUCACGGAAGAGUUCAACGCAACUAAGCUAGAGACGGGAUGGAUUGGCUCAUUAGCGUUUAGUUUCACCGUGGGUACUUGUCCUUUGAGUACCCCUUUAAUAACAGUUUAUGGGGGACGAAAAGUUGCACUUUUUGGCGUCAUCAGCGGUGCUGGGAGCAUUCUUGUGACUUCAUUUAUUCCUAUCGUUUAUUUGAUGUUUUUAACCUACAGUGCCAUGUUCGGUAUCUCUGCAAACUUUAUUUACAACUCAGCCAUGAGCCUAACUGGCCAGUACUUCCAAUCCAAGCAUCAAGCCUUAGCAACGUGCCUUGCAUCGGCUGGCAUUUCAUUCGGAACACUACUAAUGAAUCCAUUUUCAGAGUAUUUGGUGGGACUAAUCGGAUGGAGGCAUACAUUUCGUAUUUUGUCCGGUAUGAUACUUCUUGUUGGACUAAUUUGUGCCGCCUCGUUUAGGCCCGUCAAAACAAUGGAACAAAAGCUGGUGACGAAACUUAAACACACAAAAGUGGAAGAGCGAACACAAAUGUUGGAAAAGGCGCUCAGUUCACACCGCGAAUUGAAUAAACAAUACGUCACCGAGUCUCUACAAAAUUGUAACGAAAGUAGAAUCAGCUUGGCAGCGCAAGAAAUCAAGAAAAACGUCCUUGAUACGAAAAUGUAUGACUGUUCGUUUUGCACCAAUCCUACCUUCAUAUUAUGGAUGUUAGGAACUUUGUUUUGGAGUUUAUCAUUCCUAUUCCCACUUAUCUUUCUUAUUGACUAUAUGAGCACUUUGGGGAUCGAGACAUCGCGUGGUACUUGGGUGAUGACCGCGUACGGUAUAUCAGAAUUUGUGGGAAGAAUUAUAUGCGCUUCCGCCGCAGGCAAAUUACCAUUCGGACUUGCUUAUGUAUAUGCCGGAAGCAGUGGAUUAAUGGGUAUUGCAACAUUGCUAGCGCCGCAGGGUGAAACGAUUGAAAUCAUGUUUGUUUACGGCGUCGUCAUCGGAAUAAACUCAGGGAUAUUGAACUCUCUAAUGUAUGCAGCCACUAUGCAAAUAUUUGGAAAUGAACGAGGAAGACACGUAUGGGGAUACAUCAAUGUCAUGUUAGCACUUGGAAUGGUCGUUGGCCCCGUCACGGCUGGUGGAAUUUAUGACGUCACGAACUCAUACACAGCGGCGUUUUACUUGGGCGGUGGUAUGUUUGUCGUGAGCGCAAUUACAAAUCUAAUACUUCCGAUAUCACAACGGUAUUUCCCGCUAAAGGAACGCGAAGCAAAUGGAAAGCGUGAUGUCGAAAUCCCCGAAGAAGCUAAAAACCGAAUUGUGAAACCGCGCUCUUCCCUACGUUCUGCGCUGCUUUCUCGACAAAUAAAUCGUCAGAUGAGCAAAGAAAAGAAGCCAUGGAAUCGUGGAGUUGCCGUCGAACUUGAAGAACUAGCCGAACUACACGAGGCCUACGAAGAUGGCGUAGACAAGAACGACAAUGACGUUAAAUUCAGCGAAAAAGAUGAAAGCUUACUACCGCCCCCAUCGCCUUGAAUAUCACUGUAAAAAAAUACUUAAAAUCAACUGGAAUUCCCAGUAUAAUAAAUAACUGUAGUACGUCGAAUACUGACUACAUCUGAGCCACAUUUGGCCUAUUAACAUUCGAAAGAACAAUGCAAAACAAUUUAAUAUUCCGAAUUACAUGGAAACGCUAGUAAUUUUGCCAUUUUUCUAACGAAAUUGAGGAUUUAACUUGGACAUGCAGUGAACUACUUUUCUCUUCGUAUUCACGGAAACAUCCGCAUCCAUAUAUAACUUUAACUCCCAUAUUAUAUUAAAUAGGUGUACACUUUGCUACAAGAGAAUAUUUGCUCUUUUAGUCGCGACCAGGUUCGUAACGUUCUGAAAUUUAUAAAUGCCAAGUCAGGCCGUAACAGCUAGCAGACCCGGCCCGUUAUAUACUUAAAUUCAACAUGAAUGUUGUAAAAUGGCGUUUAACGUCUCCUUGCUUGAGCUGAAAUCACAUAUUUCAUUUUUUUUUACUCAUAAUGCGCUGUAAUCCUGUGGAAUUGUUCUCAUCUCAUGGAGCUCUCUGGUUAAUAAAAUCAUUAUUUGCCUCGUGUUUCAAAAGUAUUUGCUCUUUUUUACCAUUUUUUUUCAGUCUAUUCAACGUUUUAAACGGCUGUACAUUUGUGUGAGAUUGUAACUCGUCUUUAAGAAUUCUGGGCCGAGUCGAUCGAUAUCAGGGCGCACCCGGGGGUGUGGGGACUUGCUGUUGAGGGGCGGAACCCUUCUUUUUUUGAAAUCUGAAAAAUACUAUUUUUUCUGUAUCAAACAUACCAAGUUUUCGUAACUUGAAACGCUUUUUAGAUCUUUAAGACUCUCAAAACCCCUCGUUUUCCGACCACGCACUAGAUGUUACGGUCUAACUUCCUUGUUUGUACUACAUUGGUGUCUGCUAAAUCAUCCUCCGCUAGCUUGUUCAGCAAUAUUUGCCCUUUUUUUAUAUUUGUGAUAUUUUUUCAAUUUUUGCAACUGUAGAUGUGUGUGAGAAUACAAAUUGGCUCUAAGAGUUGUGCAUUGAGCUGCAUUUUGUGUGAAACCAGAAAUAAAAUUUUCAUUGAAAAAUUAUGAUUUU